ACUCAGGAUGCCAUGCCACAAUCAGCAACUGAACAAUGUGAGCAGCGGCCAGGAGCACCCAAUGAAGCAAGUGCGAUUUGCAAACAACAACAGCAGCAAUGUGCCUGCAGUGCUGCCCAACUCUGAGACAACUGAUGCCUCCAUACUGAGUGACAGUCAAGAUAACCUGGGACCUCAGCUUAAACUGCUCCCUCUGAAUGACCAGAUCCGUGAAUUACAAACCAUAAUCAGAGACAAGACAACCAGCAGAGGAGACUUUGUGUUUUGUGCUGAUCGGCUGAUCAGACUAGUUGUUGAAGAGGGUUUGAAUCAGCUCCCCUACUCAGAGUGCACUGUGACCACGCCAACAGGGUACAAGUAUGAAGGUGUCAAGUUUGAAAGAGGCAACUGUGGAGUCAGCAUAAUGAGGAGUGGUGAGGCCAUGGAGCAGGGUCUCCGGGACUGCUGCCGCUCCAUCCGCAUUGGCAAGAUCCUCAUCCAGAGUGAUGAGGAGACACAGAAAGCCAAGGUCUACUACGCCAAGUUCCCUCCAGAUGUGUACAGAAGAAAAGUGCUGCUCAUGUAUCCCAUCCUUAGUACCGGGAACACUGUGAUUGAGGCAGUGAGGGUGCUGAUAGAGCACGGAGUCCAGCCCAGACAUAUUAUCCUCCUCAGCCUCUUCUCCACGCCUCACGGAGCCAAAUCUAUAAUCCAGGAGUUCCCUGAUAUCACCAUCUUGACCACGGAGGUUCACCCAGUGGCUCCGACACAUUUUGGACAGAGGUACUUUGGCACUGACUAAACCGAGGACAACCUGAGGAACAUGACCUGCAAUUUGUUCUGAGUAUAUUUUGUUUUGUUUAUUUAAAUGUAUCUCAUGUUCUCCUUGUUGUGCCAAAUACUCCUAAGUUCCUAAACUGAUACAAAACUAUUAAUCUAAUCAACUGACUGUAUUUAUUAUUGUUUUUUUUGCUGUGCAUACUCAUGCUUAUGAAAGAAAGCAACACUGAAACAUU